UUAUGUUCUACCUCAACAUGGCGGAUUAACACUGUGCAAGCUAAAAAAUGCUUUCGUUUCUGAAAUCCUGUUUGGUUGUGAACUACGUUGCAUUUUACGCUAGUUGAUAGCUUGUAUUUUUUAAAGAAAAUUAAAACUAGUAAAGAAGCUAUGUUUUGGACCAAUGAGCUUGAAAAUGGCAAAAAGACAAAGUGAUUCAAGCACUCAGUUGGAGAAUGUGGCAAACAAAGAUGGUGGAAAUGAAGCCUAUGAAGAAUACCUAUUACUUCUCCAACAGAGAAAUAAAUUACUUAAAAAGUUGAAAGAAAAAGAUGAAAAACAACUUGACUUGGAGCGUAAGGAGCAAGGAUUUUCUCUCUAUUUAAAUGGUGCUAAUGUUGGUUUACACCUGAGUGGACAUCACAAAUCAAGAAAGACAAAAACAGCUGGAGAGUCUCAUACAAGAAGAGCUUAUAAACAUGAAGAUGAUUUAACAGAUACAAGAGCUGUCACUGCACCAUCAAAACAAACUCGAAAAGGGUGGGGAAGUAAUCCCCCAGAAAUUAUUAAAAUUAAAACUGGAAGUGGAGAGAAAAUUAACAUGCAAGUUCCAGGUGUUUAUAGUGGCAAGUAUAGUGAGGACUUUGAAGUUUAUCAAAGUUUUCUUGAGAAUAAGCUGGGGGAGGAAGAAGAAGAUAGUUCCAAUGAUGAAUCAAGUGAUAGUGAGAAUGAAGAUGAAAGUGAAGCCAGCAGUGAAUCAGAAGAUGGCUUGGGUGCAAAAUUAAAUUUAAGUGUUCAAGAUGUUAAGACACUGCGUGCAAGUCUAGAAAUGGAUUCCAGCAUUAUGCGAAGCAUUGCAAGUGUGAAAGAAGAGGUGUCUGACAGUGACAGCGAUGAUAAUAAUGAUGAUGUUGAAGACAAUCAAAACAACAACACAGGCUUUGGUCUUGAGGAAAUAGAAGAAGAAUUACCUGAAUAUUUGAAUACAUCAAAUUCAAAUUUUGAAAAAGAUAUAUCUGAAGAACUUAUAGAUAUUGAGGACAGUGAUCAGGAUACAGACAAUGAUCAACAUGGCAGCGAGAGCAAUAAAGAUGUUGAAGAAAACACCAAAAAUGAAGGUGUAACGAUUGAAGAUAAUUUAAAAGAUUUUAUGUUCAAAUCAGGUGAAAAAGGACCAGAUGUUCUUGAAUUUACUAAAGCUGCUCCAAAAAGUAGACCGGUAACAGCAAGCAGAAAGCGAUCAGAAGAAACUUCCUUGCCAAAUACUGUGAUAUCUCAAGAUGUGAUUGCGGCAAUUGCUGAGGAAAAUAAAAAGUUAGAAGAGUACAGAAAAGGCAAAAGAGAUACUAAAACUGCUCCAGAAUCGAAGACCCCAUUUCCAACUUUAAAACUUGAAGAACGACCUGACACAGUUGGGAAUACAAUGUCUAAUGAUGUUAUUAAUUCCAUAACAGAAAAAGUUCGAAAACUUGGUGGCAGACAGCAACGUAAACUUCUGAAAAUGCUUGCUGAACUAGAAGCUGCAGAGGAAGAAAUUUGUGUAAAGGACUGGGACAGUGAGAAAGACUUGAAUAGAAAAUUUUUGCAAGUAGAAAAAAAUAACAGGAAGUCAAAAGGAGAAGAUUCGUCUUUACAGAAAAACAAGGGAAUAACAAAUGCAGAAGAUCUAAUGGAAAAUAUUCCAUCCGAGCUAGAGCUAGAUACCAGUGUCACCACAAGGUUGUCGGAUUUGCAGAAAUCUAUGUCUGAAGGCAAUUUUAUCAAAACGUUUUCUAAUAUGGACUUAGAAACUAAAAGAUCAUUGGAUAUAGCUAGAAAACCUACUGGUAAAAAAAUUGAAAACAUAGAAGUUGUUGUUGAAUUUUCUUCAAAUUGGGGAAAUAAAGAUUUUAUUGGAUUGACAGAGAUUGAAUUUAUAGACAAUAAGAACAAGCCAAUUAUUAUUGAUAGCCAUGAUAUUGAAAUACAGAACAACAACAUUACUCCUGGUAAUAUAAAAAGUAUUGUUGAUGGAAAAACUAAGACAGUAAAGGAUCGUCAUAUGUGGAAAUGUGAUUACAAUGAGAAAGACAACCUUACUAUAGCGUUUAUGUUACCUCUAAGUAGUCCAGAAAAAUUAUGUAAAAUUGUUGUGUGGAAUUACAAUAGACAUUUGCAGGAUCUCAACAUUGGUGUGAAGGAUUGUCGUAUUAUAAUUGAUGGAGAACUGAAAUGGGCAGGAGUUAUUGACAAGGGAUGUGGAAAUCAAAUUUUCGAUUACAGCAAAAUUAUCACCCUCAAAGAAAUCGAGGAAGAAUUAGCAGAUACGGUUACAGAUCCAGCAGAAGUUGAGUUGAAACGGCCCGGUACACGGACAAUUGAUAGUUCUGGGGAAAAUUUUAAACAUUUACCUGUGGUUGAAAUUACCAUCAGUGAGCAUACAUCAGAUUAUGAUAAACCGACACCAAAAGUCAGAUCAGAUCAAUUUAAAAAAAACAGUUACCAGGAAAGGCCUAAAUCAACAAGCAGCAAGCCAUUAUGGUUGGAAGAAGCAAGUAAACCAAAAGAGAAAGGGAAAAAGGAAGACUCAGACUUUGUUAUUGACGAUAGUCUUCGGCCACGUUCACGACCAUCGAGUGGUCGAAGAAGUCAACAAGGUAAUGACUCUCUUGAUGAAAUUUCAAAACCGAACAGACCCACAAGUGGAAGGAGGAGUGAAGUCUCCACACCGGAUAAAAUGGAAGAAAUGGAGAAGAAAGAAUUAGACGAUCUGUUUGAUUUGAAUGUAAAACCUAAAAGUGGACGAAGAGGGGUGUUUUCUCCUGAUCACAAGCAUAAAAGUACAUCUAAAAAACCCUUUUCUCCGCCACCGCAGACAGGCCGGCAAUCACCUGUAUUGAUUGACAUGCCUUCCAAGAUAGAUGAAGAAAUAAAAACAAAUCGUAAAAAAUUUAAAGAACUAAUGGAUGUCAAUUUAGAACAAUCAUUACAAUCAAUCGAUAACUUCAAAUUUCAUCAUCUUGGACGUCUAACAGCCAACUUAGAUGAUGAUGAUGACGACUUUGGAAGCUUAGUUGAACCAAUGAAAGAAAAGGAUCGAAUAGAUAUGCAGGAAAAAUCCAUUGAAAAAGUUGAUGUUAAAAAUGAAGUGAUUCAAGACAGCAGUGAUGUACUGUUCGAGUUACCUAUCCUACCUCGUGGUAAAGAGCUUAUCAUAAAUAUAAAGACAACUUGGGGUGAUCGUCAUUAUGUUGGACUGAAUGGAAUUGAAGUGUUUUGUAGCUCUGGUCAUCUGUUACCAAUAAAAAAUAUCCGAGCUAAUCCAUCUGACAUCAAUAUCUUACCAGAAUAUGAAGGUGAUCCAAGAAUAGUGACAAAUCUCAUUGAUGGUUGUUAUCUGACAAGAGAUGACAUGCAUUUGUGGUUGACUCCAUUCAUCGCUGGGGGUGAUCAUCUUGUAGAAUUGCAAUUUGAAGAAGAAGCAGAAGUAGCUAUGAUAAGGAUUUGGAAUUACAAUAAAUCUCGCAUCCAUUCUACAAGAGGAGCUCGUUUUGUAGAGAUGGCAUUGGAUGGCAGAUUAAUAUUCAUAGGAGAAAUAGCCAGAGCAAGCGGUGUGUUAUCUAGCGAAGAUCCUUAUGGUGAUACCAUACUUUUCACAAUGGAUGAAGAUAUAUUAGAACUGGUGGCAUUAAAUGAUUUUACCUAUGAAGUGGAUGUAGAAGAUGAUGAAUCACUCUUAGCAACUUCUGGUGAUUUUAGUCAACGCCCAACAACUGCUGAUAAAGCAGAGGUUCCAUUAGAAAGACCUUUUACUUGUCCGAAAUCAAGAGAAGGGUCACGGGAAAGUGCAAGAGAAGCAACAAAACUUAAAGAGGAUCAUGUUGUUGUUCCUGAAUCAGAUUUUAUGCAUUGUACAGUAUUGACAAUUUUCUUCAGUGCCACUUGGGGUGACCAAAAUUACUUAGGCCUAACAGGUCUUGAACUACUUGGUGAAACAUUUGAGAAUAUCCGUCUAAGUAUGGACAUGUUGCAGGCCAGUCCUAAUGAUUUGAACGAUCUUGAUGAGUAUGAUGAUGAUGAUAGAACAUUAGACAAAAUUAUUAAUGGUGUAAAUGUGACCAUGUCUGAUGAGAAUAUGUGGAUGAUUCCUUUCAAUGAAGACGGGACUCACUUACUAAAAAUCACGUUUGUUGAGCCGACUGUUGUUACUGGGUUGAGAGUAUGGAAUUAUAACAAAUCAUUAGAAGAUACCUUCCGAGGAGCUAAAGUAAUACACGUUUAUAUGGAUGAUUUUGAAGUUUCUCCAGAGGAAGGAUACCUUCUCAGAAAAGGUCCUGGUCAUUGUCACUUUGAUUUUGCACAGGAUGUACUAUUCAAUAUUCCAGACGGAUUGUGUGAACAUGAAGAUGAUUCUAAACAUGGUAAAAUAAAUCUGCACCAAAUUGUCAACGAAUAUGAAACGUUGAUGAUGCCCAGUGGGUUUGUUUUCCAGUUCAAGUUAUUUUCAUCAUGGAGUGAUCCUUAUUAUGUUGGUUUAAAUGGUAUCGAAGUUUACGACAAAUAUGGAAAGAAGAUCGAAUUAUCUGAUAAUAACAUCACAGCAUUCCCUCACAGUGUGAAUGUAUUGGAAGGCGUAGAAGACGAUGUAAGAACGCCAGAUAAACUGAUCGAUGGUGUGAAUGAUACACACGAUGGUAGACAUAUGUGGUUAGCUCCUAUCUAUCCUGGAAAGCCGAAUAUCAUUUAUCUUGUUUUUGACGAACCUGUCUCCAUCUCCAUGAUCAAACUGUGGAAUUAUAGCAAAACACCUGCAAGAGGAGUCCGUCAGUUUGGUCUCCUGGUUGACGACCUACUUGUAUAUAGCGGUGUUCUUCCACAGUGCGCCAUAUAUGCGCGUGCUAUCAUACCAGGAAUUGAACUCCCAAUUGUCCAUCAUACCAUAUUGUUUACUGAUGCAGAAGACAUUGCAUUAAAAGAGAGGCAUCAUCUUUUAAGCUCUACAGUCGCUACUCAAGAACAAGCAGUUCAGUUGACAAACGACCGUUCAAUUCUAACGGCACAUCAAGACAAAUAUGACGUUAAAGGGACAGCAGAUCCUGCUAUGCGACCCAUGACGUCUGUCAAAUCUGCCGGCAAAAAACGUCGAUGACGUUAAGAUAUAAGUAGAAAUAUAUCAGUCGCGGGAGAAUAUCCAGCAAAAACUUGAUGUAUUGCAUUCUCAGCGCACUAAAAUUUUUUUAGUGCAUAAUCUUGUUGAUGUAAUUUUCUUAUGAACAUUAAAGUGAAAAAAGAAACUUUUUUUAAGAGAUAAACCCAAUGUGUUGUGUUGGAAGUUGACAUCAGCGUAAUGUUUGUGAAAAAGCGCACAAAAAAUUUUUACUUGUAAAUAUAUUCUUAUUGUCGUGUAUAAAUAAAUAUAAAUUAUUCUAUUUA